ACUUUGCUAUUAUCCAUAUAUAUGUCUAGAGAGAGAGCAUUAAUUAAGAGAUUUCAUGUAAGACACAGGUUCAUUAUUCAUGUUAAGAGAUGGGUUCAUUAUUCACCAUUCAAAAGAAAAACCGAGAGGUUAAGUAAAAGGAGGGGCUCGAAAAUGUCGGUUUCGGGCGCUGAAAUGCAGGAGGAGGACUCGUGAUUCCGAUUUCUUCCACACCUCUACGUGUAUCAUUCAUUUUAUGCACUCAAAAUGAGGAAAACACUGCUUCUUUAAAGCCGAAGAGGAGAGAGAAAGAACAAAGGGGAGAAUGAGAGACAGAGAAAUGGCGAAGGAGGAAGGUGUCGGUGGCCUUCUUCUUCGCAGCAAAAUUAAGAUCGGCGUUUGCGUCAUGGAAAAGAAGGUGAACUGCGGUCGUGAGGUGUUCUCUGCUCCUAUGGAGCAAAUAUUGGAGCGCCUCCAGGCAUUUGGCGAGUUUGAGAUAAUUAUCUUUGGAGAUAAAGUUAUUCUUGAGGAAGCCAUGGAGAAUUGGCCAAUAUGUGAUUGCUUGAUUGCUUUUUAUUCUACUGGUUAUCCUCUCAAGAAAGCUGAUGCAUAUGCUGCAUUGCGAAAGCCCUUUCUAGUAAAUGAAUUGGAGCAGCAGUACCUUCUGCAUGACAGAAGGAAGGUAUAUGAGCGCCUGGAAAUGUAUGGAAUUCCUGUUCCAAAUUAUGCUUUAGUGAACAGGGAAGUCCCUUAUCAAGAGCUUCAUUAUUUUACUGAGCAAGAAGAUUUUGUUGAGGUCCAUGGGAAGCGUUUCUGGAAACCUUUUGUGGAGAAACCUAUUGAUGGGGAUGAUCACAGUAUAAUGAUAUACUAUCCAAACUCGGCAGGUGGGGGAAUGAAAGAGUUGUUUCGCAAGGUGGGUAACCGGUCAAGCGAGUUUCAUCCAGAAGUUAGAAGAGUGAGACGUGAAGGUUCUUAUAUAUACGAAGAAUUUUUGCCUACUGGGGGGACCGAUGUAAAGGUUUACACUGUUGGUCCAGAAUAUGCACAUGCUGAGGCAAGAAAGUCCCCAGUUGUCGACGGAGUUGUUAUGCGAAAUCCUGAUGGCAAAGAGGUGAGAUAUCCUGUAUUGUUAACUCCAGCUGAGAAACAAAUGGCAAGGGAUGUGUGCAUAGCAUUCAGACAAGCGGUUUGUGGUUUCGAUCUCUUGAGAUGUGAAGGAAGAUCUUAUGUCUGUGAUGUGAAUGGAUGGAGUUUUGUGAAGAACUCUCACAAGUAUUACGAUGAUGCUGCUUGCGUUUUGAGGAAAAUGUUUCUUGAUGCGAAAGCACCUCAUCUUUCUUCCACCAUUCCACCAACUCUCCCAUGGAAGGUGAAUGAACCUGUUCCACCUUCUGAAGGAUUAACAAAGCAAGGAAGUGGAAUUAUUGGAACAUUUGGGCAGUCUGAGGAAUUACGCUGUGUUAUCGCUGUAGUUCGCCACGGCGAUCGUACGCCUAAGCAAAAGGUGAAGCUUAAAGUUUCAGAGGAAAAACUUUUGAACCUUAUGCUGAAAUAUAAUGGUGGGAGGCCUAGAUCAGAGACUAAACUUAAAAGUGCUGUUCAGUUGCAAGAUCUCUUGGAUGCCACCCGAAUGUUGGUGCCACGUGCCAGAUCUGGUCGAGAAAGUGACAGUGAUGCUGAAGACCUUGAACACGCUGAAAAGCUUCGUCAAGUCAAAGCAGUACUUGAGGAGGGUGGGCAUUUUUCUGGUAUUUAUAGGAAAGUACAGCUAAAGCCAUUGAAGUGGAUCAAGGUCCCGAAGGACAAUGGUGAUGGUGAGGAAGAACGCCCUGUUGAAGCGUUGAUGGUUCUUAAAUACGGGGGUGUUCUCACCCAUGCAGGCAGGAAGCAGGCGGAAGAACUGGGAAGAUAUUUUAGAAACAAUAUGUAUCCAGGUGAAGGCACUGGUCUUCUCCGACUCCAUAGUACUUAUCGUCAUGAUUUGAAGAUAUAUAGUUCGGAUGAGGGUCGCGUUCAGAUGUCUGCUGCCGCUUUUGCUAAAGGUCUCCUUGAUUUGGAAGGACAAUUAACCCCGAUUCUGGUUUCACUUGUUAGUAAAGAUUCUUCUAUGUUAGAUGGCCUUGAUAAUGCUAGUAUCGAGAUGGACGAAGCAAAGGCUCGAUUGCAUGAGAUCGUAACCUCAGAAGCAAGAGCUGUUAAUCAAAACGGGUAUAGUGAAUGUCCUUGGAUGAUUGAUGGUGCUGGACUUCCUCCAAAUGCCUUAGAGCUUCUACCAAGAAUGGUCAAGCUGAUAAAGAAAAUCACCGCUCAAGUUAAACUUCUUGCACAAGAUGAAGAUGAGAAACUUGCCAUGACGAACUCUUUUUCUGUUCUUCCGCCUUAUGACCAAGCCAAAGCCCUUGGUAAGACAAACAUUGAUGUUGCACGUAUUGCUGCUGGAUUGCCAUGCGGAAGUGAAGGUUUUCUCUUGAUGUUUGCUCGCUGGAAGAAGCUUGAGAAAGAUUUGUAUAAUGAGCGAAAAGAUCGGUUUGAUAUAACGCAAAUUCCGGAUGUCUAUGAUUCCUGCAAAUAUGACCUACUACACAACGCACAUCUAAAUCUUGAGGGAUUGGAUGAACUCUUCAAAGUUGCACAGAUGCUUGCAGAUGGUGUCAUUCCCAAUGAGUAUGGAAUUAACCCAAAGCAUAAGCUAAAAAUCGGUUCGAAGAUUGCUCGUCGUCUAUUAGGAAAAAUUUUGAUUGAUCUACGUAAUACUCGUGAAGAGGCUAUUAGUGUUGCUGAACCAAAAAAUGAUCAUGUUCAAGGGUUGACAAGUUGCAAGGCUAGACAGGAAGACAAUGAUUUCCUAACCAAAAUUCAGAAUAAGACUGAUGAUGCGAGGCGAUCUAGUUCCACAAGUGAAAAGUCUUUGGAUCAAGAUGAUGACGAUGAUAAAGAGACUAAAUACCGCCUGGAUCCUAAAUAUGCCAACGUCAAGACACCAGAGCGUCAUGUUCGUACACGUCUUUAUUUUACAUCGGAGUCACAUAUACAUUCUCUGAUGAAUGUUCUUCGCUAUUGUAACUUGGAUGAGUCUCUACAAGGGGAGGAGAGCCUUGUGUGCAGAAGUGCUCUAGACCGUCUAUUCAAAACCAGAGAGCUUGAUUAUAUGAGUUACAUUGUCUUGCGAAUGUUUGAAAAUAUAGAGGUUCCUCUUGAGGAUCCCAAGAAGUUUCGUAUUGAAAUGACAUUCAGCCGUGGUGCUGAUCUUAGUCCGUUGGAGUACAAUGAUGGUGAGGCGGCAUCUCUUCAUCAAGAACAUACCCUGCCAAUCAUGGGGCCAGAGAGGCUUCAAGAAGUAGGGUCAUAUCUUACAUUGGACAGGCUCGAAAAGAUGAUCCGACCAUUUGCAAUGCCUGCCGAAGACUUCCCACCACCAACAACGCCUCAGGGAUUCCCCGGUUACUUUUCGAAAAGUGGUAGUGUUCUUGAACGCCUUGCCAGCCUCUGGUGGCCCUUCCACAAGCACUCAAAUGCCAACACCAAAUGAGAUGCCACCCUCUUGAUUAUCUCUCUGCCUCUCUGUGUUUCAAUCAUCUGGGGCAGGCAGUUUACUCCAAGAAGCAGUGGUGAUGAUCGGCAUGGACUUUUGCCUCGUAUCAUUGUGGAUCGAAUGGCUCCUGCAGGCUUUCAGCAUGAUUCUCUCAUGCGCCCAUCUCUUUAGAAGAGAUGCUCAAGUUCAAUAGCUUUUCUAGUUUGUACAUAACAUGGAAAUGGAAACUAUAAGGAUCCAUUCGCAGGCAAUGUCUACUUAAUAGCAGUUUGUUGUUUGUACCUAAUAUGCUUUGUCUUGUCCUAGGUUGCUAUCCUUUCUAGAGAAUGACCAUAAAUGUUCUUA